GGAGAAGGAAGGCCACCGGAGUGCGGGAAUCGGUCCGCCGGAGCGUCCGCAGCCGCACCUUCUCCGCCUUGACUUGGUCUAUUAAGCGCUCUGGCUCCUGCUGCCAGGAAACAAGCCAGCCAGCCAGCUAGACAUUAUACCAAAGCAGUCAUGACCUUGCAAAACGGAAGCACGAACGGCAACAGCAAGAGCGACAGCCUGCUCGAGCUCUUCUCGCCCUCGGCUGUCGCGAAGAUUUGGGGUACUGCGUUCCCAGCUUUGAACGAGAAAGCACCGCCUACUUCUGUUCCGGACUAUACCGACGACAAGGGCAAUUACAUCAUUUCGGGCUUUGACUGGUGGACCUCUGGUUUUUUCCCUGGAUCGCUUGCUACCCUGCUCGAGCGAGCGGUCGCUCGCCCCGACAAAUUUCCCACAGACGACGUACAUGUGCGCAAACUCGAGCAUGCCGUGCGAUGGUGGAGCGAGAGCCUGCACAUCCAAGCACCACGACGAGACACCCAUGAUCUCGGGUUUAUGAUUGUCAGUGCGUUCAAGCCGCUGUACGAGCUCACGGGUGACAAGCGAGCUUUCGCGUCCUGCGUGGUUGCAGCGCAUGCUCUGGCCUCGCGAUUCGUGCCUGAAGUUGGCUGCAUUCGCUCGUGGGACUCGGCGGUGAACAAGGACUACUCAUUCACCGAUCCUAAUAAAGAGGUUAUUGUUAUUAUCGACAACAUGUGUAAUCUCAAUAUGCUUUACUGGGUCGCUCAGCAAACGGGCGACCAGCGAUUAUCAGAUAUUGCGACGACCCACGCUGAGACAACGCUGAAGCACCACUUUAUGCAUCCAAAGUGGGGUGCACAUCAUGUGCUUGUAUACGACAAAGCAACGGGCGCUCCGAUCUACAAGAUCCAGAACCAGGGAUACAAGAACGGCACUGUGUGGUCUCGCGGACAGGCGUGGGCGUUGCUGGGAUACGCGGAGACAUAUGGAUGGACUAAGAACUCCACGUUCCUCGAUGCUGCAAUUAAAAUUGCGGAGUACUUCAUUUCACAGCUGCCUGAAGAUGGUGUUCCUCAUUGGGACUUCGAUGCGCCGCGGCCUACAUUUCGAGACACCUCUGCGGCUAUGAUUGCCGCCAACGGCAUCCUCGUCAUCUAUCAGUACACCCGCAACCCUCAGCAUCUUGCAUGGGCCCUAAAUCUUCUGAAAAGCACCGUCGCUCUGUCUCUCUCGCCGCACGCAUCUUUUACAAGCGAUGAAGCAAAGCCGGUCGAGAUGGGGGGCUACGAUACCAUCCUCAAAAAUGCGACGAUCAACAAUAAUGAAAACGCAUUCAAAAGACUGGCUGAUUCGGGCUUGGUCUACGCCGAUUAUUACUUCUUAACUGCGGGGAAUAGACUUUUGAAUCUUGGGUUGUAUUAAGCUAUAUGGAUAAAGUAGCUUUUGUGUUGGGGUUUUCUACAUUUACUUAUCAAAGUGUGUUUUAUGUAUCUCAAUAGUCAGUUAUAAUAAACUAAUCAGAAAAUAA